UAUGGCUCGGGGAAUUGGAACGCGAGAGUGAAUAUGAUAUUUGGUGAUAAAAUGUGCAAUGGAAGUCCAAAUCUUGGUCAGAGAUCACUCAUGGAACCUCUAUCCUUCAAUACCCUUCACUUCCUGCGGACCUACAAUCGCAUCUUUGCUCCGACUGAUCUAACACAGUGCUACAAUUUAACAGUGCUUAAGGAUAUCUGCCCUGAGAGAAGAAUAUCAUCCCUACCACUUACCAUCUAUCCUGGAAUUGCUACAUCCACUGCAAAAGAAGUUCCUCUGGGAGUUCCUCCCAUUAUCCUUGCCUCCACCUCAAAGUGUCCUCUACCGUCACCUGUGGACACCCAAUGCAUCUACGAAGCCUCUUCAUCCAGUGCUGACACAAAUCUCUCCCAUGGAAUUUGCCGAAGACAACGGGGUGAAAAACGCCCCAUUCCCGAUGACCAGAAAGACGAAAAAUAUUAUGAACGCAGGAAAAGGAACAACGAGGCAGCCAAGAAGUCUCGGGAUGCUAGAAAAUUGAGAGAGGAUCGUAUUGCAUUCCGUGCAGCAAUUCUGGAACACGAAAAUUCCAUUCUAAGGGCACAGAACUUAGCUCUGCGCGAGGAAAUUUCAACCCUAAGGCAAAUUGUGUGUCCCAACACCGGAACACAGACACAGAUUCCAACAAUUUCCACCUGAUACCCUUAGGAAAUCUUCGAGGGAAUUCUUAUUACUUCCUGUCUAACUGAAUACGCUGCGCAAGUGAGAAUAUAUUUUCCCGCCCUUCUAUCACAAAUAUCGCACGAAUUACAUUUAUAAAGAUGAUUACAGUUAACACCCAAUGUACUCGAAAAUUUAGUGGUUUGUGCAAUAAGACUAAAUGUUAAA